CAGCCCACCUCCACGUCCUCGCGCUGCCCGAGCCCCUCAGGCCACGCCCUCAGUCAUUACACACCAAGAUGGCGACGUGUAGGAAGAUGGUACUCGGCAGGAGAAGCCUCUACGCUCUUUCUAUUUGUAUUACUCUACAACUGUUCACUCAAUGUUCUCUAUCGGCCCCCACAAACAAUUCCUCUGACGAAGUUGUCCUUCCUGGGUCAAAUGAUACCCACGAAGAACCGACACCCGACGGGGAUACAAAAAAACCAGAACCCGACGCAGGACAGACGACAGCCAACGCCGGCCCCGUGCUCACGGCAACAGCCUUGUCUGCUCAGACUAGUUCCUCUACGCUGGAUGACCAUCAUCUGACCACGCCCCUCAAACCAAUCCCAGCCAAUCCUGUCACAGUCCAGUCCCCUGAGACACGCGCGGUGGUAAUGGAUGAGUCAGAUGGCUCCAAAUCAGAGAACAAAAAGGAGGAAGUGCUGAAGACACCACCGGAGCUUUCCACAACCCUCCCUACUGCGGACGCCGAGACUGGCCGAGACACGAGUGCUCCAGAGGCUCCUCCCACCACCCCCACCACCAACACCACCACUACCACUACCACCCCCACCACCACUACCACCCCCACCACCACUACCACCCCCACCACCACCACUGCCACCACUACCACCCCCACCACCACCACUGCCACUGCUCCAAAAAUCACCGAGCCCACCGCGAAAGAGCAGCCCCCAGCCCCUGCCACAGAGUCCCAGCCCUCCACUACUGACGGCCCCUCCCCCACAGAGCAGAACACGGCCCCCCAGAUGUUCCCGACCCUCGGGGACCCGGCAGAACCAGACUCCUCCGACACCACAGAAGAAUACGACGACGACGAGGGGAAUAUCUAUGGGAACCACCUCCCUAGUGAAAGCAGGUACCGGCUGCCAGACCAUGACACAGAUAGAACCAACGACCAGGGCAAGGAGCUGGAGGGGAACCAUGACCGGGCACCGGGGCAGGGCUACAUGGCCACGGAGGACCAGGACUCCCACUUCUUCUUCCACCUGGUGAUCCUGGCCUUCCUGGUUGCCAUCGUCUACAUAACCUACCACAACAAGAGAAAGAUCCUACUUUUGGCCCAGAGUCGCCGCUGGAGGGACAGCUUGUGCUCCCGCAACACGGUGGAGUACCACCGGCUGGACCAGAACGUCAACGAGGCCAUGCCCUCCCUCAAGAUGACACAGGACUACAUCUUUUGAUCCAGUGCUUUAAGUCGACGAGCCACAGCUACAGACUGAACAAAGCCGGUUAGCUUUCACUAGGUGGCUCACACUGCUCACAUUGCUUUAGGCUUUUGUGUGUGUGUGUGUGUGUGUGUGUGUGUGUGUGUGUGUGUGUGUGUGUGUGUGUGUGUGUGUGUGUGUGUGUGUGUGUGUGUGUGUGUGUGUGUGUGUGUGCGCGUGCGCGCGUGCACUUUCUCUCUAUGCUUUGGAGAGGGUCUCUAGGAGCUAGGGAGCCCUACAGGAUGGUGGUGGAGACGUGUUGUAAGAUGUAAACAACAAUGGAUUACAAUCAUCUGCACAGAGCAGGAUCUUUUUCCUUUUCUUUUGUAAGUCCUUAAUGCCUUGGUUUCUCGGUUGGUUUUUGAGGGGUCAUUUUUUUUCCAAAUGAAUGACUUAUAGUUGAAUAAGUCAUUCAAUAUAUUAAACGUUUUUCAUCUCUGUUAAUGAGGACGAGCCUUAAACUUUUCCAUGUCGUUUUCAAUGUUGCUUUUAUCCAAUUGUGCUUAAUACUCUCUUCAGGAGUAAUAAUAAUUAAGAUGGAUGUUAUCGCGCUAAACUGUAAAGAAAUGGUAAUGAUCAGACUCAAAACAGAUAGAGGUCCAUCUAAACUUUUUAAACUAGAUCAAAGUUCACGUCGAAGAAACUACGGUAACAAUAAAGAAACCCACAAACAUAAAAAAUGCAUUAACCAAAGCAUUAGCUGCUUUAACUUUGAGAAAAUUAGGCUUAUAGGUUUUCUUUUCAUUAAAGUAGGAAUGAGGUGCCUCUGCCUUGGUGUGAAUAUCGGAUCUUAGUAGAAGUGUGUAGGUGCCAUCGUUCAUGCACUUCUCACUGCUCAAUAGGAUGCAGGCAGAACCAUAUGUAAAAUAGUCAGCAGCGACUGAGAUAAAAAUAAUGAGCUAGACCAUAACAUGAUUUAUCGAAGGAUAUAGGUACAUUCUGUGAAGGAUUCACAUUCACUAAGCUAUGGCUCUAGAUACCAUCAUCUAUAUUUUUAUUACCAUAUAUAACAAUGAAAAAUGUUCCAUUUCCAUUUUCCUUUCCUUGAAAUCAUGCACACGUUCUCUGCUGUCAGGGUUUGAGCGUUCACGCAUUCUCUGCCGUCGGGCGGUUCAAAGCCUCACGCUUUUCUCUCACCCCCUGCAAAUAUAACGCUUUCUCAAACAGAGAGAAGAGACAUGGAUCGAGAUGAUUAGCACACGCCUUUCCCCCCAAUCAUUUACUGCCUUCUGCUUCGUUGCCGUAUCUCCUUUGUAAAUAUUAUAUGCAUAUAUAUAUAUAUAUAUAUAUAUAUAUAUAUAUAUAUAUAUAUAUAUAUAUAUAUAUAUGCAUUCAAUGCCUGCCACUUUAUGUAAAACGUGUCGUAGUGAAGUUCUGCCCCGAAGGAGUGCUACUUUCUGGGGGGACCGCAGCCCUCUGUGAAGUCCUACAGUAAUACUUCGCAGAGUACGAGGGGGUAGGUGUGUGACACGCUGCUUUUUGAAAUCAACAGUAGAAAUUGAACAACUUCUUUUUGUGAAUAAAGCAAAAAAAAAAA